AUGGAGAGAACAGCAGAGGUGGUCAGUGAGGCGCAUAACCUUUUGGCUACCGGAGGCAUUGAAGACCGCGCCAAGCAUCCUGGUGAGAACUAUUUAGAUUCGCGUGUGCUGUGCGCGAGCAGUGACCACGCACUGGGCUGCUCCGAGGCAGUUAGUGGGAACAUGAACACAUAUGACAAACACCAGUUGGCACAACAUAUUCGAGAGAAUCCGGAGUUCUGGGAGUUUACAUUCCCACGGGAAGUACCAGUGGUAGCUUCGUUAUUUGGUACCUUCGCCCCCACUCCGGCGGAGCAGCGACCGCGAGCACCGCGCAGACGUGUUGAACGCCAACAAGCAGCUGCGGUCAAGGCACCUGAGACUGUUGACAAAUUGGAUCGUACAGAGGAGGGUAGUGAAAUGGUGGGUCGGGCGCAGCGCUUUGUCAGCAAGGCGUGCCGCGCCGCGCCGCUGUGUUACUGGCGCGCUGUACUGGACCCGCACAGCUUCGCCCGCACCAUAGAGAAUAUAUACUAUGUCUCUUUCCUUGCCAGAGACGGCAUUAUUAGCAUUGAUAUCGAUGAGGAGUCAGGUCUGCCAUUCAUAAAGACUGUGUCUUCGGGAGAGCGCGAGCGCGACGCAGACGCAGCCAAUCAGUUCAUAGUCUCUAUUGACAUGCAUACAUGGAAGUCGAACCUAGAUAAAGAAGAAUCUUCUAUAAGCGAGAAGAGUAAGAAUCAUCUCAAGAAGCGAGAAAAAUCACGCUUCCUUGAAUUAUCCUUUAUCCAGGAGCUGGUGGACGCGUUCAGAAUCGAAAGACCUAUGAUGGUAUUAAAGGGUCGUUGA